UCUCAGUAAGUAGUAGCAAGGCACUGUGUUGUAUAGUAUAUAGACUACAGCAUGGCUAUGGUACUGACCUGGUUUUAACAGCGAGGAACAGGAAACAAAAUACAGAUUUUUUGUUUUUGUUUGUUUUUAUUUUUGUGGAGAGAGAUACAGACUUAAAGAUCAUUCUGGAGGAGGCUGACAUGAAACAAACACACAAAAGGUGACUCAGUGGGGGCCUGAGAGGUGUUUGGAAGUGUUAUUCUUUUUCACUUCCCACACUACUUCUACAUUCAUUCACUCAUCAGCAAGCACAUUCACAGCAGUAGCGAUAAUUCAGUCAAACCUGUGAGAUGUUAGAACGUCACAAUCAAUAUCAUGUGCUGUUUUUAACUGAGUUGACUUGUGAGCGUAAAUGCUCUACAUGAAGAAGAAAAAACAUGGCAGCGACAUUUCAGAGUUGUGCCCCUUAUCACUUUAGCUUUAAUCAAUUUAAUGUAACUUCUGAUUAACAAACACCUGGGGGAAUAAAAAGGACAGACGUUAGCAGAUAUGACUGACAACGUGAGCUCCCGAAUGGACACUCCAACCAACAUCUCCCUGAGUCCCACCGUCGGCAUCUCUGAGUCGUUGGAGUACAAGACUGUGUCUGUGUUCCUGGUCUUGCUGGUGUGCGGCGUGGGCAUUGUGGGAAACAUCAUGGUGGUCCUUGUGGUCCUCACCACGCGCCACAUGAGGACACCAACCAAUUGUUACCUAGUCAGCCUGGCCAUAGCCGACCUGACGGUGCUGGUGGCAGCGGGGCUGCCCAACAUCUUGGAUAGUCUGACAGGCACGUGGGUUUUUGGCCACGCUGGUUGCCUGGGGAUCACCUACUUUCAGUACCUGGGCAUCAACGUGUCAUCCUGCAGUAUCACCGCCUUCACUGUGGAGAGGUACAUAGCUAUCUGCCAUCCAAUGAAAGCUCAGACAGUGUGCACGGUGUCCCGAGCCAAGCGGAUCAUUGCUGGGGUUUGGAUCUUCACCUGUGUCUACUGCAUGCUGUGGUUCUUCCUGGUGGACAUUCAAGUCAGCCAGGAUGGACAUGUGCAGUGUGGCUAUAAAGUGAAGCGGGAGCUCUACCUGCCCAUCUACCUCAUCGACUUUGCCAUUUUCUACGUCAUCCCACUUCUCCUCGCCAUUGUGCUGUACGGCCUGAUAGCACGGAUUCUCUACCUCAGCCCUCUGCCCAACCAUCCUGACACCAGCGCCACCACACUGCGUCGGAGCUGCCGGGAAACCUCUGAAGGGAAGGGGGGUCGCCAAGGUCGGCCAAAGAGCACGCACUCCUCCAGGAAACAGGUGACAAAGAUGUUGGCGGUUGUGGUGAUAUUGUUCGCUUUACUGUGGAUGCCCUACCGGACUUUGGUUUUGAUCAACUCUUUUGUGUCGACACCCUACCUGAAUGCCUGGUUCCUCCUAUUUUGUCGGACAUGCAUCUAUGCCAACAGUGCUAUCAACCCUGUGAUAUACAAUGCCAUGUCUCAGAAGUUUCGCUCAGCAUUUCGCGGGCUUUACCGUUGCCAACGGAUAGAGGGAAAUCAGAGGACACUGUCGAUGAUCCAGGCCGGCUUCAGCACCGUUCGAGACCACCGAACCUCGCAGGCCAAUAGCAAUGGAACCAAUGAAAAAGCAAGGAGAUCCAUCCUGAGUGCAACCACUGAUAUAACUACAAAACACAAUGGAAGUAGUCAUCAGGAGACAACAGUCAAUGGCAAAAAAGCAGAGCAUCCCACUGACAGCAGCCCACCCACUUUUAGCUUUGAUGUAGACCCGGCUGGUGAUGAGAAGUUGGAUCAGCCUUCAUCAACUAACAACGCAGUUGAUUUUGAAGGAAGACAAACAACAAUUGAGCAACAGGAAAAUAUCUAAAUGUUUCCAUAUCUUUUGUCAGAUAUCUAUGAAUUAGUUUGUACCACUAAAAUCAAUUGAAUAGAAUCCAAUUAAGGAGAAGAAACCCCUUCCCUGCAUUUAUUUCAUGAUUUAAAGUGGUAGAUAUGCCUUGUGCAUGGUGGUGCAGUGGUUAGCACUGUUGCCUCAAAAGCACAGCAAGAAGGUUACUGGUUCGAACCUCAGCUGGGGCCUUUGUUUACCUGUUCGCCCCCGUGGGUUCCUUCCAGGUACUCCAGCUGUGAAGGUAUGCACUUAACAGGUUAAUUGGUGACUCUAAAUUGGCCGGAAGUGUAAAUGUGAUCGAUAGAUGUGCCCCAUGAUGAACUGGCGACUUGUCCAGGGUGUACCUAUCAUCCAAAUUCAGCUGAGAUAGGCUCCAGCCCCAC